AUGUCCGCAUCUGAAUUGACUUUGGCGUUUUUCGUCCCUUCUCAGGUCAACACAGGACAUCUUCUCACGCUGGGUCGCUGGCAUGCCCUGGCCAUUGUGUUUCGCUACACCAAACGUUUCCUCAUCUCCAGGUCGACGGUCAGUGUGUUUGUCGACGGUCAACGGACAAGUCAGAUGGAUUUGCGUUUUCCCACAAUGCCUGAGGUGGGUUGUCGGAACCGGCCUUUUCUCGAUUGUCCGGCCGACUUUAUUUUGUCUUUUGAGCACACCAUCUGA